CAAUCCAGAAUUCAGGUUAUACGCGAUACGCGUUUUGAUCGAGCGACGACGCGGCCGAUCUAUUUUAUUUACGUGAGCGGCAUUUCGUUAAGAAGUAACGAAGAGGGCAAUAUAAAAUUUAUAGACCCAAUAGAGAAAUAGUAACAAUAACAAAUAUAGGCAAUAAAAACGAAAAUUACACGAGAAUUGUUUAAAGUUGAAAAAAGAUGAGAAUGUGAAAAGGUACCAAUCGUCGCGGGUAUUACUUCUAUCCGCGAAUAAAGGUGUAAGCGGAGAGAGAGUUUAAGACUUUUAAGAAGUACAAAUUAGGCAAGAAAAUAUCGCGAUAGUUAACCUGUUAGGCUCACCCGGAACGCGAUCGUGUAUCACCGCCAUCGAGAAUAAUUUUGGGCUAAACAAAUAAUGGCAGAGAAUUUUGGAAGCCAGGAUGUUGAGCUCCUUCAGCAAGUUAAAAUUCUGCUUUGGGGAAAUAACGUAAAGGAAGAUGUCUUUAAAAGAUGGGCACAGGGCUUUUAUUUCAGUUCUGAGGAACCAACUGCUCUUGUUCAGACAGAGGGUGGACCCUGUGCUGUAAUCGCUCCUGUACAAGCUUUUAUAUUGAAGCAACUUUUGUUGGAGAGUCAACCAGAUGCUUGGAUAUCUGUCGAUACCAGUAAACAGAAUGGUCUAUUAGCAAAAGCAGCCACAGAAAUAAUAUCCCAGUCUGCUAAUCCAAAUAAGCCUAUAUACCGUAUUGUAUAUGUGGAUGAACCAACAGCACCUACCCCAAUGAAUUCUCACCUUUAUCCGGAUUUCGUGGAAAAUGGCCAAGUCUAUCAACAUUCCAAUGCUCCAAAUCUAGAUUCCCCUGUGUGUGAACCGUCUAUUGAAGACAAGUUGAGACAAGAAAGAGUUCAACCGAUCCUUCUUUCAGAAUUAUUUCAUUCACGAUUGAGAAUACUCGAGGUUGACAAUGCAGAGCAAGUUGAAAAGUAUUUUAUAGACAGAAUCGACAUGCUUAAAGAACCGUUCGGUAUUCUCCUACUUUUAUACACAGUUGUGUGUACUAAGGGAGUAUCAGGAAUGCGCUCAGAAAUAUCUGAUCCAACAGAACCUAUAAUAGACUCAACUUAUGGUUAUGGAAGCCAAAGUUUGAUAAACCUUAUGCUCACAGGACGAGCAGUUGGUCAUGUUUGGGAUUAUGAUCAAGAUAUCGGAGGACUCAAACUCCGAGGGAUUGACAAACAAAAUGCUGUCGGAUUUUUAGCACUACUUGAACAUCUACGCUACUGCGAAGUUGGAGCUUUCCUAAAAUCACCUUCUCAUCCUGUGUGGGUACUUGGCUCAGAAACUCAUUUGACUGUACUAUUUUCAACAGACCGGAGAUUGGUCAGUCCAGAAACACCUGCAGAACGGGCGCGCAGAGUAUUUAAAAAAUUUGAUCCAGAGGGUAACAAUUUCAUUUCAACAAAUUUACUCCAGGAUGUUUUAGAAGAACUUGGUCUCUGUGCAGAUAUGGAAUAUGUCAACAUAAUGAGGAAAAAGUUGGACAGUGAAUGCCUUGGCAUAAUACUUUUGGUGGGAUUUAUGGAUGAAUUCUUUCCGGAAGAACCUCGAACUUGUCCUGACACAUUCCCAUUGUAUCAUUACAAUGGUCUACCUCGUAGUAAUCCUGAUAAUAGAUUGAAGUACCACGUUGGACAGGCUGUACUGCUUGAGUGCAAUGUCAAGUGUAUUUUGGACAGUAAUCCAAUGCUCACUGUACUGCAGACUAAAUGGCCGAGUAUUGAAAUUCAGUGGAAAACCGAAAAAACACCCAGUUUGAAUUAACGACUAUUGAACUGAUUAAUUACUGAUGAUAAUUCAAAUAUAAUUUAUUAUUACUCCUAGCAUUAUUAUUAUUGUAAUUGUAAUUAUUAUUAUAGACAUGAUAAAUAAAAUUGCGCCCAUAUGAGAUAAUAAACAGGGAAGGCUAUGGAAAAAUAGCCUUCGAGCAGUAAACGAUUCCAGUUCAAUUAGAAGCUGGGUCUGCGAUCUAAAUUCCA